AUGACUGCCAAAUUUCAUGCCUUCCUUCAGAAUGGUACUUGGGAACUGGUUCCCUAUGAUGCUUCUAUGAAUGUGGUUGGCUCCAAGUGGGUUUUUAAAAUCAAACGGCACCUUGACGGUUCCAUUGAUCGCUACAAAGCCCGUCUUGUUUCACAAGGCUUCACUCAAGUUCCAGGUGUUGACUUCACUAAGACUUUCAGUCCUGUAGUCAAACCUGCUACUGUGUGCACUAUUCUUGCUCUUGUAGUUUCUUGUGGUUGGGACAUUUGGCAGUUGGAUGUUCAUAAUACCUUUCUUAAUGGCUUCAUUGCCGAAACUAUUUUUGUGCAUCAACCGAAAGGCUUUGAGGACAACAAUUAUCUCCAUCAUUGUAAACCCUCUUUGUUCAUUUACAGUCGAGAAAAAAUUACCAUUUACGUUCAUGUUUAUGUUGAUGAUAUUCUUAUUACUGGAUCCUCCUCUGCUCAUGUUUCUCAUCUUAUCAGCAAUUUAUCUCAGACCUUUGAUUUGAAAGACUUGGGGCCGUUGCACUACUUCCUUGGUAUUGAAUUUCAUCGUGAUGCAUUUGAAUUGAUCCUUUCUCAGCGUAAGUAUAUUUUGGAUCAUCUAUUGAAGAUUAACCUUGCUGCGGCCAAACCUGUUUCUAGUUCAAUGGCCACCUCAUUCCAACUCUCUCGAUUUACUAGGGAACCUCUAUCUGAUUCCACUCAGUACCGAAGCAUUGUAGGUGCUCUUCAGUACGUCACUUUGGCAAGACCUGAUGUUGCCUUUGCAGUGAAUAAAGUUUGUCAGUUUUUACAAUCUCCUACUGAUGAACACUGGGGUGCAGUAAAGAGGAAUCUAAGGUAUCUCAAAGGAACCAUUGACUCUGGUUUGAUUUUCUCGGCACACUCGUCGGACACGUUGAUAGCAUACUUCGAUGCUGAUUGGGCUAGUUUCCCCAAUGACAGACGUUCUACUGGCGGAUAUGGUAUUUUUCUUGGUUCUCAUUUGACUUUGUGGAGAGCUAAGAAGCAACCUACAAUAGCUUGGUCUAGCAUAGAGGAUGAAUUCAGAGCUCUAGCUAAUACCACCACCGAACUCUUGUGA